UUUGCAGAGAGAAGAUUAUGUGACAUUGCGUGAUUUGAAAGGAUGCAAACUUUCUGGAAAUGUUUUCAAUAUCCUAUUCAAUCUCAACAAGUUCAUGGCAUUUGAAACUUGUGACCCAUUUCUUAUUCGCCAGGAGCAUGAUGAUCCAACAUUAGCAGAGUGGGAUUGCCUUGCACACAGCAAGUUUAUCAGGCUUUCAAAGGAAGAAGAUGUUGAAGAUGUAUUGAAUGGAGUGCUGAUGUUUGGGAAGAAUCCCCCGAAGCUCCAUUUUAAGUUUGUUGACUUGGCUUAAUGGAACUUUAGCCAAUCAAUUAGAUUUCAAUUGAAGUCUGGUUUGGUGGAUAUUGUUUUUAGUAAAUGUUAGGCGGAUAUACUCUUUGGACAGAACUGAUCGUGAGUUGCAACCUGAACAGUGGUAUUCAAGCAGCCAUAUCCCUUGAAUGUGAAUAUCUUGUCUUUCAGGAUAUCUUGUCUUUUAGGUAACCCCCUAUGUUAUGCAAUUACAUUCGGUUGCGCUCCGAAAAGCAACUAAUCUGAGUUGGGAUCAUUUCCCAGACGUUCCAUAGUCUGCCAGAGGGUUAUAGAUGGUAGUCUUCUUUUCUCGGCUGUUAAUGGCUUCCCAACUGCACCUCUCAUUUUUUAGUU